GUCAUCGUCACCCACGAUCGAAGUAUCGCGCUCACUGCCAUUAUGGCCGAGCAAACACGUAUUCACGGUCUUCUCAAACUUUGUAUUGAAACGUGCAACGCUGCCCUCGAUUCUAUAUCUGAUGACCAGCUCAAAACCGACGACAAUUCCGAUCCUCAACAAUCGCUUACUGUUGUACACAAAGAUCUCAUAUCAUUACUUUCUUUUAUCUAUGUGUCAACAACCAAGCUUGCAUUGGUCCUGAAUCCCUCCUCUCCUACCUAUCCUGCCGCCGUCACGCCCAUAAAUGACCUUGCAAAGCAUAUUUCUGCUUUAUCGCACUGCGUGAGGUUAUUUUCUCCGAUUGAACACGGGGCUACCAUUACACAGGAAGCCGUCAAUUUGGUCACCAAUGUUGUGGCCGCCGUCAAGGUGCUGUUGCAGACUUUUUUGGAGACUGGACACAGCGCAGCGAGAGAAUAUAUGAUGAAAACGGGAACUGUUCACGACAUGAUAGAAGGCGUGCGUUCCUCGAACGGGCUGUCGAAGGAUAAUUUAUCUGCCGUCAGGAAGAAAUGGCAUGAGGAUGGUGGACCUUUGGAUGAUGGGGCGAGGGAGCUGAGGGAAUUGAUAGAUAACGCUGGGGACGCGAGUGAGGACUAUGGCUGGAAAGAGUUAGGAUUGGAACCAGAUGCGCCUUUCUCAGAGCAGGAAGCUGACCGUGCAUCAAAGAUACAUAUGAUAUUGCGCCUGACAGCUCUCUUACACAGGAAAGUCUAUACUGAUCUGCUGAAAACAUCCCCCGAGAACCCACCCCCCUCUCAUUUGGUGUUGGAUAAACUUCCAUCAUUAUCCCGAGCUCUUGUUAGCGCAGCCGACGAAGUAAUAGCAGCAUCACAUCCGCCUCAAGACCCUUCCAUGUUGAGGCUCGAUUUGAAUGUUUACAAAGGUGUUCUAAAGGAUAUAGAGGACACUGUCCACCUAUUUUUCUCAAAGGAUUCCGUGGAAGUCCUCAUUGAAGGUUUGUCACUCCAUGAUGGGGAACUGGGAAAAAAGAAGAAGAUCUCGAAGCUGAAGUGGUUCGAUGGAUGUUUCGAGCAAAUAGAAAAAGGCUUCCGGACAGCCGAGGCAUCUAUCUCCGAAUCCGAGGCAUAGUGCAGGUCGUAAUGACACUCGUUAUUUUCUCAAUAUAGUGCUGUACCAUGUGGUUACUCCCGCUCCCCGACUUCGCGUCAGAAUACCCCAGGUCAUGGGCGCACAUUACAUGGUGACUAUUGCAAUUUGAAUGAACCAAC